UCUUAAAGUACAUUGUAGCGAGUCUGUGCUUGAAAAAUUCAAAAUUCAUUUCAAGUUUUUCUGGCAAUUCAGCUCAAGUGAUCAAUAAUGGAGUCAGGAGGUGCCAAGGCCGGAAAGGGAGGAAGAAAGGGCGGAGCAAAGAAGAAGAGCGUCUCUAAAUCGGUGAAGGCAGGCCUUCAGUUUCCUGUCGGCAGAGUAUCCAGAUAUCUGAAAAAGGGUAGAUAUGCUAAAAGAGUUGGAUCUGGUGCCCCUAUUUACAUUGCUGCUGUAAUGGAGUACUUGGCGGCUGAGGUGUUGGAGCUUGCUGGAAAUGCCGCCAGGGACAACAAGAAGAACAGAAUCAUUCCAAGGCAUAUCCUUUUGGCUGUCAGGAAUGACGAGGAAUUGGGAAAAUUGUUGGGCGGUGUUACCAUUGCUCAUGGUGGUGUUUUGCCUAACAUACACCAGGUGCUUUUACCUAAGAAGUCCUCUGCAUCCUCAGAAAAGGAGCCUAAGUCUCCCAAGAAGGCAAAAGCCUAGAUCUGUGCAGGAGGGCUAUGGGUUUUUACCAGUUGGUGCUUAUUUCAAACGGUGUUUUAUAACACCACUUUUGUAAAGGUGCUUGUCUUCCCUCUUUGAAUCUGCUGUUCUUGCAUAUUUUGGGUGA